GUUCAUCAGCUUCGUCCGGGUGAAUUCUGUAUUCCGUGCAUACCACCGCUGACAGGGCUUGGGGGCUUGCGGGUUUGGGGGCUUGGCUCGGCUCGACGCGACACAAUCUGGACGCGGAGGCGAUGUCAUCAUGGACACGGACGGCUAGUGUUUCAUUGUUUCAUCUCCAGCAGACCGUCUCUUAACCCGGGAUGGCAUCCCGCAGCAGUGGCGCGAUCCGUCCCCCUUCUCGAGAUCGAAGGCGACGAUAACGUCAAGCUGCCGAAGAGAUGAGGUGGAGCACCGAGAAGGCGGUGGUAGGCUCACUUGAGGGAUGCGAGACCGUCAAGGUGCUGGUUGGGGAUGAGCAGCGCGAGUUCACGCUGCGCCGGGAACUGCUGCGCGACAGCUGCGCCUUCUUCAAGACUCAUCUCGACUCCAUCCCGUCUCCAUCGAGCGCGAGUUGUCCGGGGAAUGGCGGCGGGACGGAUUCGGAGGCGAGAGAGGGGAAACAGCAGCAACAGCAGCAGGGUCAGGAGGCAGAGAAGGCAGAAGAGGCGGAGGGGGAUGAGGAUGAGGACACGGUGCUGUGGCUACCCAACGAGGCCGCCGACAUGUUCGAGAUCUUCGUGCUGUGGCUAUACCAGCGCAAGCGGUUCGCCUCCUUCCUCGACCACGCCAUACACGCCAUGACGCCCGACGAGUGCCGCAGCUUGCGCACCAACCUCGUCCGUCUGCACCUGUUCGCCGCUGUCAUCGACCUGCCGGCGCUGCAGGACGCAGCCAUGGACGCGCUGCAGGACCUGUACCUGCGCUUCGACUGGGACAUGUCGCCGCGCUUCCUGGCCUUCCUGUACGGCGACUGCGACGCGCAGCACGCGGUGCGCCUGCGCAAGUGGGCCGUCGCCAUGCUGGCCUGGACGCUGCACGGCGGCGCCGACAAGGCGCCCGCCCUGGCCGGCCCCGUCGACCGCCUCUUCGCCGCCUACCCGGACCUGCGGGCCGACUACCAGAUGCACCUGCACAAGAUGGCCCAGAGUCGCGCCGACGUGCGCAUCAAGAACCCGCAGCUGCGCCUGCCCGCCAACCGCCUGCGCAGCGGCGAGCGCUACUUCGGCUUCCGCCAGUGCACCUUCCACAGCCACCGCGCCACCGUCGGCGAGGGCACCUGCCCGCACGCCCUGGCCCUGGGCCUCUCGCACCCCGCGGCCCACCGCUGGGACGGCGAGGAGGUCGAGUCGGACGGCUCGGAUGCGGACCACGCGAUCAUCAUAUCGCCGGUUGGCGACCUGAGCGAGAGAUCAUAUCUCGACCUGUCAUGAUGUUAAUUCCGGGUCGGGGGUCGGUGUCGCUGGGUACGCCACCGCGGGACCCUUAGCCUUAUUCUGACGGACUGGAAACGGAGGCGUGAGAAAAGGAGGACAGUCAUGUUCCGCAGAUAAUAAGGAGAGAGACCUGAGAGA